GGAAGCGCGCCUUUGCCAGUGACACCGUCGACCUCUGCCGUCGACUUUAUUUCAUCUUCACCUCCUCCUUCAUCUUCGAUUCCAUUCUUCUCGUGAUGUCUUUUCUCGGUGGAAGAGGUUCGACGCCUGCGGGCUCUGUGAACCCUGAACGGGUAGAAAUGGCUAUGCAAGAACUUGAUAUGAUCACCGACGUGUUCAACAGGCUAGUCUCUUCAUGUCACGCCAAAUGCAUAAGCACCCGAUACACCGAAGGCGACUUGAACAAGGGCGAGAGUGUCUGCAUUGACAGAUGUGUAGCGAAGUUUUUCGAGGUCAACAAGAAGGUUGGCGAAAAGUUGCAAGGCAUGGGUGCCAAUGCUUCACCAAGCCAAGGUGGCGGCUUCGGACUAUAGAUGCUAUGCGGAUUUCUGUAUCAUCCAUUAUAUUCGACUUAAUA